CUUCCCUGGUGACCGCCAGCCACUUGUGCCCUGUCUAGAAGUCAUCAGGCAUACACUAAAUGUGCCUCUGAUUUCUCUAGGGUCCACCAGCACCCCGAAUGGCUUAUGGUACAACUUCAUUGAGCUGCCCUACCAUGGUGAAAGCAUCAGCAUGCUGAUCGCCCUGCCAACUGAGAGCUCCACCCCACUCUCUGCCAUCAUCCCUCACAUCAGUACCAAGACCAUCGAUAGCUGGAUGAACACCAUGGUACCCAAGAGGAUGCAGCUGGUCCUGCCCAAGUUUACAGCUGUGGCACAGACAGAUCUGAAGGAACCACUGAAAGCCCUUGGCAUUACUGAGAUGUUUGAGCCAUCAAAGGCAAACUUUGCAAAAAUAACAAGGUCAGAAAGCCUUCAUGUCUCUCAUAUCUUGCAAAAAGCAAAAAUUGAAGUCAGUGAAGAUGGAACCAAAGCUUCAGCAGCAACAACUGCAAUCCUAAUUGCAAGGUCAUCACCUCCCUGGUUUAUAGUAGACAGGCCUUUCAUGUUUUUCAUCCGACAUAAUCCCACAGGUGCUAUCUUGUUCCAGGGGCAGAUCAAUAAGCCCUGA